ACUGAGAGAGCUUUCCCGCUUGUAACGUUGCUCAUACUGGAUGACAUUCGAUCCCUGCCCAAGUUAUAGUUCAUCAAGAGUACAAUAAUGAAUGAUGAAGACAACGACGAGAAGAUGGAGGAGCCAAGAGAAGAGGAGGAGGACGCCGACGAACGGGAAUUCAUGGACCGAAUCGCAACAGCCGCCGCGAAACGACGACGAGCCGCACGAGCCCAUUCUGCCAAGGUGAUUUCCAACCGGGAAAUGCCUUCUUUGAGGAACCACCACAGAGCCUCGGAACCGCACUUGCGGCCCAAUUCUCUGGCGUUGCAAAAGACGGAAAGCACACGGAAACGCUCCAAGCUAAAUCUCGCACAUCGGCCUUCGAUUUUGAAAGUUCAGGAACCCGGUUUGGCUCGACAGCAACAACCACAACCCGUGGGACUAGUCGGCCGUAAGAAUGACCAAUUGCCGGAGGAAAAGGAAGAAAUUCCCACUCUCAUAGCCGAGGAGGAACCACCCACACAGUCAUCAUCUACCCGCACGAGACGAGGGGCCCGAGUUUCUUCCACUCCUGGAAUACCACUGUCGCCCGUCAAAGAACCAGAGGUGGAUAGUGACUCCUCAAUGAGCGAGGAAAUUGAUGGGGAGCAACCAAAAGAAUCAAUGGAACCACCACCUGCUGCUGCCCAAAAGAGAAGAGCUGCAGCGCUUUCUCGUACCCACGGUCAUAUUUCUCUUGUGACGGGGCCAGAAGCUUCCCUGGGUCGAGAGCCAAGUGCCAAUUUACAAGCUACAAAUAGUUCAGAAUUUCAUGAGGAGAAAAAGAAUCAGCAGCAGGAAACACAACAAGAGCCUCCCAUCUCAAUACCACAGCCAGCUGCCAGAAAGAGAAGAGGGGCAGCACUUUCUCGUGCGCAUAGUCAAUCUAUUUCCAUGGCCUCCUCUCUUGAUCAAGAGUCAGGUGCCAUUUCACUAGCUACAACCAAGAGCAGUGAAUUUCAAGAGGAAAAGCAAGGUCAGCAGCUGCAACAACAAACAGAGCCUCUCGUCUCAAUACAACAACAAACAACCCUGCAACAGGAACCAGAACCUCCCAAUUCAGUACCACAGCCAGCUGCCCGAAGGAGACGAGGUGCAGCACUUUCUCGUGCGCAUAGUCUUUCUUCUUCCAUGCCCCCCUCUUUUGAUCAAGAGCCCAAUGCUACUUCACUAGCUUCCAAUAGCACCGAAUUUCAAGAGGAAAACCAAGGUCAGCAGCAGAAACAACAAGAGCCUCCCAUCUCAAUACCACAGCCAGCUGCCCGCAAGAGGAGAGGAGCAGCGCUUUCUCGUGCGCAGAGUCUUGCUUCUUCCAUGGCCCCCUCUUUCGAUCAAGAGCCUGGUGACAUUCACUGCUACAAAUGCAGAAUUUUACGAGGAAAACAGAAUCAGCAGCAGAAACAACAAGAGCCUCCCAUCUCAAUACCACAGCCAGCUGCACGCAAGAGGAGAGGAGCAGCACUUUCUCGUGCACAAAGUCUAUCUUCUUCCAUGGCCCCCUCUUUCGAUCAAGAGCCUGGUGACAUUGCCAGCUACCAAUACUGCAAAUUUCCGAGGAAAACAGAAUCAGCAGCAGAAACAACAAGAGCCUCCCAUCUCAAUACCACAGCCAGCUGCACGCAAGAGGAGAGGAGCAGCGCUUUCUCGUGCACAUAG